UUUAUUUUCCAGUUCUAUGCAUGUUUUACUAAGGAUAAGUUCCAGAAAAUAUUCGUUUCUUCAAGUCCAGGGACUAGUGUAUUAUCAUUGACCCUGGGUGUUAGACAAUCUUAGAAAAAUUCCUUAAGAAAUGGAAAAUUGUCGUGAGUUUCAAGUUGUCCACAUUAACCAUUUUCUGUUUUCAUUCGCAUUUGGGCCACGACUUAUUAUGCACGAAGAGUGAAACAAAGUUGAACUUUAACCAAGCUUUCAUCAUGCUUGAGAUGCGGGCUCGCGAGAGCACACCAUCGUUUUUUGGAGUUCCGCGCCGUGUCAUUUCUCCUUACAUCGAGACGGCAAAGCGAGGGUAUGAUUAUACUGUUGACAGCAAAGAAGCCGAUAACAGCUCUUGCUUUUCACCUCCAUCGGACGCUCUUUACAAAAUUACACUGAGCAAAGAACAAUCUGUGAUGAAGUGGAACCCUCCCGUUUUUCCUGCCUUCCAUCCUAGACUUGUGUCAUAUCCCCACAAUUCAAGAGAAGAAAGUCUUCGCUUCCACGCCAACCAUACGAAAUUUUAUUCAGCUGACUUCAAUUUACGAUCGCUUCCAGGAGCGGGUCGAGUUGAUUCUCCCAAAGCCACUUGGCAAGCGUAUGGCGGGGUAAGCGGUCAUCUAGACCCCUAUGUUACGAGCUCAAAUCUGUCACGCUCCUGUGACUCAAAUUUAACAGAAAGCUCAGGAAAAAUUAUCCCUGUGGAUGUUCGAUGCUCAGGUACCGUGAAUAGUUAUGAAGAAAAUGUGGAAAUAAAAGAGGAAAGUUCUGAUGAGAAGUCAGUUAGCAUGAGCACGUCAUCUAAAUCUGCUUUCGACUACAGACGAAACUCAAAUGAGCGCAGCUCGACAAAAAGAGAAGGUUCUCCAACUAUUCAUCCUCCUAAGAAAAAGUGGAUUCAUUGCUACCUCGCUUUCGGAAAGUCUUGCGAAGAGGGCGAUGUGUGCCACCAAAGCAGCAGUAAUGCGUCGUCUGAAGUAUCAUUACCUGAACGUCAGAUACGUUCAACAUCUCCACUCGGAGUCUCCCAUCAGUUAUUACAUUCGUCAUCUGUCGCUGAUCCACUGAAGAGACUAUCACACGGUUCAAGUUACGGAGUGCAUCCGACGCAGUUACGCACCCCGAUCAUAGUGAAUUCCAUUCCCAGUCUUUCUCCCAACCCUCGUUCUGUGUUUUCUUCUCUGAAUAAUUUAGUUAGUGAUCCGCAAAGUGUCUCGGUCACACAGAAUCCGAUCAUCAAUCAUGUAGAUUUAAGACGACAGCUUUACGUUCCUGUCCCAGUGUCAUCGAGCGUAGCACCUCUCGCAUAUUCCAUUAGCUCAAGUCCCACGUGCAUGCCUAUCAAACAAGAAAACAAUGUCAACCACCCAAUUUGCAAUGGUAAAGCUGAAGCUGCUACCUCAGGUAAUGACGACAAAUGCCUUCCUGCAGUUGACAUCAGCUCUUCCUCGUCUUCAAAGCACAAACGUCAUCUUUUGGAGACUCCAAGCGUUAGUCAUUUCAGCCUUAAUCCGUACGUUGUCGGCCCGACUCGUUCCGCUCCUGUGGCCCUUCUAUCGCAUGAUACGCAAGUUCAAAACCUAACCCGUGCAGUUCUGCCUGUAGGACCCGGCAAAGGGACUCUCCGGUUUGAUCUUGAGGGCGCUAGAACAGUUUCGUUUGAUCCCUCAUUGUUAUCGGAAGGUAAUGUCAGAAGAGGUCCAUCAACUCCCUCAACUGCUACUGAGUCCAUCAAUCAAACUGUUUUACGGUGCUUGCCAAACUAUGAAGUGCAGCAUCAUAGUUAUUUACAGAACUCGUUAUCACCUUCACAUGGCGCCAAAGAAGAUUUUUCUAAAAGAAAACCUGGGAAUACGCCAUCCCGUGAAGUGCAUAACAAGCUUGAGAAGAACAGGAGAGCUCACUUGAAAGAAUGUUUCGAUCUGCUUAAAAGACAGGUGCCAAACUUGGAUGAAAAGAAAGUCUCAAACCAAAACAUUCUAAAAGCAGCCUACAAGUGCAUCAAUACUUUGAAACGCAAAGAACGCGACUACGAACAUGAGAUGGAAAGAUUAGCUCGGGAAAAGAUAUCGAAGCAACAACAUUUGGCGGCUCUCAAAAAGGAGCUUUCAGCUCGUUGGGAUCACAUCGACUUCAAUAUCAUCCUUCCAGACAUGGCGACUGUAGAUCAGAACCGAGACAAGGAAACUAAUUCAACUGCGACUGCCCCUGAACAACCGGAUUCAGAGGAGCCACAAUCAUUGCAAAUUCGGAGCGAUCAAUUUCGGACGGCAAACCUAACUCCAUCUCUUAAUAAAGAUGGCACUUUCACUGGGAAUGCAGUACAUUCUCAACAAAAUUUCAGUAACAAAAUCAACUUGUCACCGAGAAUUGUGCCUUCUUCUCUUAUUGAACCUCCUGUCUAUGUUAACCAAACUGGCCUAUGCACUCAGGGGCAGCUUUUGUCCAACGGGAAAAAUGUACCACUUAAUAACUCUUCUCACCCUAUCAGCACAUUUCCUAGUCUUGAUAUGCCAAGUUCUGUGGUAACCUACACCCCCCAGGCCUCUCCUCACGCAGGCAUUGUUGGUCAUUGCGUAACUCACCAUAUUGUAUCUCAUCCUUCACUUUUGACCUACACUCCUCAGCCUUCUCCUCAGUCCCCUCUGACAUCGGACACACCAAUUUAUUCUGUAGCAUCCCCAAGCUGUAAUCCUAUAUCCGUUUCGCUUGUUGGCAAUAGCCUGAUUCUUCAAAGAACUCAAAAAUCUAAAGUGGAAACUGUUCUAGAUCCAAACCAACCAUUGAAUUUGUCCACUAACACAGCUGUCCUCAAUAUACCUGCAGAGUCUUCUCCUGAUUCAUUACCAGCAGUCUACGCUCCUGAAUCGAAAAUUUUAAAUCAAACCAAACUCGUAUCGCUAGCCCAGCCUGCUACAUCCCAUGGUUUCCAAUUACAACAAUCUAUGAAUAUUCCUGACGUUCAUCGAGAAAGAGUUGAACUUCAGGUAGUUAACGAUUCAAACUUUCCUAAGGUUAUCUCUUCUGAUCAAAACUUAGAUACAAAAACCAAUGAGAGGCAUUCCCAUGCGACUUCUUCAUUCUUCUCCGGCGUGUCUACCAAGUCCGUAUACAACGUACCAUCGUUAAUAACUUCUACUAAGCUGCAAGGAGCCCAUGUUAUCACUCAUCAGAAUUCUCGAAGUCAGCUUUCAACUGCUUUGAAUUGUGUACCUAAAUUAUCACGGCAAAAUUCGGCGCCAGGUGCGGCUGGUUUUCCAAGCGAUCUUCGGUUACUGAAAGUUCCCGACGCUAGAUCCGUUAUUUCGUCCGCACAAACUCCCGGCCCAGUGAAGAAUAAUCUGGCAACAGAGCACAGCACCGAACUGCAAUUAAUGUGUGCAUCUGCCGCACAGUCCAGUGGCUCGAAUGUCCACGUAUAUCAGCAGCACGUUAACGACGGAAUGAGAAACGUCCUUUCAGCGCCGCCUCCAAAUAUCCAUCCGAUGCCGGUUCGAAUGCCUGUCUCGGCGAUCGCUCAUUCCGACUUCAGUUACAAACUUUUGUCGGGUGAUCACGUUGUGACGAAUGGCGUUAGCGCCACAAAACCACUGAGUGUAUCGUGGCCGUGCGGGGAUAUCACUCAAAGUAGUGAUCGCUCUCAGUCGUGUGGAGAGCGGCUUUUUGUGGCGGUGUCUCGUAACGGCUUGUCUUCAGUUCACUUGGCGGUGCCAUCAGUGCCCAGCAGCGCCCUCAAGCCUGGUGAGGGCAUCGCUGUCGGCAUGCCACUUAACCUUACUACGUCUUCGUCGAAUAAUCUCGACAUGAGCAACUCAUCUCCGGCGGCGUUUAGCCUUGCGGAGAGUCCUAUAGUUCCGUCUUAUGUUCCGCUUGGAUCUUCUAACGUUGUGCCCCAGCUGCUGCCGAGCAUGAUGGUGACCCCGGUUGUGGUGUCACCAACCCUCGUUAAGUCUGUCGGUGAAGUUGACACGGUCUCCUCGAGCGGCGGCAUGCACUGCAGCGUCGCAAUGAGCGUCACAUCACCGCACGGCAGCCAUACCACGACUCUUGUCUUCUCCAGAUCUGCUCCACAGAUGGUCAAAAGUUCUGCUACCAGGACCCUGAUGUUAGCUGGGGGACAGCACCUCGCAAACGCGGCACUCGUAGUCGUGCCUUCUGUAGGGGCCGUCGCCAAGGGCCUCAAUCCCGGUAGAGGAGAACUCAUCACCUCGCAUGUCACCGCUAAUAACUCAGCUGUAGUCACGGAUGUCAGAAAUUAGGUACUGCGAACUGAUAGCUUUAAUAGAGUGUAUUGUCUGUGCAAUAUAAAGCGUGUGGCGGAUUGUUGGCUCCGACGAAUGCAGAUUUUAUAUAAAGUAUUUUAUGUUAAUUUUUGCCUUAAAAAUGUAUAUUUUAUGCCUGAAAGAGCGGAUGCCUCGCCGAGAUUUAAUCCAAAAUAUUUAAAUUUAUUAGUUUAUGAAAAUAACUCGUAAAUGUUUUGAAACGGUAAAGUUUUAUUUUAAGUCGCUGAAGUACAUUUUAUUGGUUUAAUAUUUUAAUUGUUUUUAAGGUAAGCAAAAGCUUGAGGUUAUACAUAUGUCGCGGAGAAAAGUGGCACAUUAUAAAGAUUUUCAAAGUCAAAAAUAAAUAUAAAUUGCAUAGUCUGUUCGAAGUCCCGAUAACUGUAAAAUUAUUCGACUUACUCGCUCAAUAGCUUGGAAACUACUUCCACUGUACAGUGGCUCCAGCGCUGUUGUAUUUGGGAGGUGGGUUUCAUCGAUCAUUUUUAUCAACUUGGUUUGGAUGCAUCGCGGUAAAAUUUAAACUGUAGCUGUUUAUUAACGUAUGUAAGCAAAUAUUAAGGCAGUCCUAGAGGUAGAGCAAUAUUGUCUUAAGAGUCUCUCAUUUAUUUUCUGAACUCGGGUAACGAAUAUGAUAUACGUUUUUUUCUAAUUAUGUUGACAUUUGAUUAUUAGGACAUACUUAUAGAUAUAUUCAUGAUCUGGUGAAAACAUUAAUGUUCAAUUUUAACUUGACCAUUUUGAAGUGUCAGCACAAAAAAAUUUGCACUAUUUUUCACCAAUUUAUUCAUUUUUGGUUUGUUUGUUUGGAAAAUUAGGCAAACCUCUCUUGUAUAGCUCUAAGUUGGCGUAAAAGAACUAGCCUAAAGUCAUGCUGUUAAAUUCGUUCAACCUUCAAAUCAGGAGUCCGACGUCACUAUCGCAUUGUUUAAAUAAAUGUGUUCAUACAGAAAAAUAUCCAAAUAAAUGAUAACUAAUUUCAUUAGUAUGCUCCUUGAAGUAAAAUAUCAUUAUUUUCUUUUUGUGUGUCUCGAGGAUAACGCGAGGGCAAAGGUCAUUUGUUUGACUGAGACACUCACGAAUACUGAAAUUGCGAGAGAUUGUUUAGCAACGUUACGAUUUAAUGAUAUUUACUGCCAUAUAUUUCCAUUUCUACCGUUAAGUGUACAUAUGACCGAGUCUUUCUAUUUCCUUUUAUUCAGAUUUAUAUUUAGCUGUUUCAGCUGAUUCAUAGCUGUUUGAACUGUGUCUACAGCCAGAAAAAUAUUUAUGUAUAGUAUGACGAUGAAAAUCACGAGAGAAUUUCCUCGAUUUAUUAUCGCCUUAGCCCUAGAAUAUACAAUCUCUUGUUUGUAAUAAAUGUGCAGUUUUUGCCCUCAUUCAUUGAAUUCAUGCAUCGUCUCGUGUGUAGUUAGAUCUGUCGAAAUGCUAGCGGAAAGUUGUGAACCACUUUCGUUUAGUUACCUGUGUAGGUGCAUGGAUAUCCCUAGUGGAUUCUACGCAAUGAUAUUUAAUGUAUUUCGCUGGCUCUUUUCAUUUAACCAUCGUGAAUUUUUACAUUUGUUGUUAUGUUCUGUUUUGUUUCAUAUGAUGUUUUCUAUCCGUUAUUGUUUCCGCAAUUAUUUGUAUUUAAGAAGUUGUUAUAGUUCUAGUGCAGCCUCAAGCACUGUUUAUGGUAUAUGAAUAAUUAGUAAUAAAGUCCAUGAGCAUUAUUUACAUUAUUUACGCAUGUUACCAACGGUGGGCAUUAGGUCGCGGGUAUGUUAAUUUAGUGCAUCAUUGCCGGUGUGUUAAUUGUUCCCAUCGUUAUUAAACCUUGACCUCUCUUCUUGGCUUAUUCUCACGUUUAUCAUUACCAUGGAUUAUCAUUCUAAUAAAGUUUUAAUAUGAAUUUAGUCGUCAGAUCAAACACUCAUAUAGUACCGUAAACAAAAUUACGCGUUCAGAAUUAAUAAAUGGCCAAAACAAAUCGACUUUCCGGCCUUAUCGAUUAAAAAGCUAAAGAAUUAUUUGACUACAUAGUUUAUUAAAAACCUUGUGCUACCUCGUUUAAAUUUAUGUGUAGGAAAAAACAUUAUUCCUCAGAAAAGGUCUGAUUAUAUAAGGUGCUUUUUUCGUUUUUAUGGUACCGUAUAUCAAAUUAUGUACAUUUUAUUUAUUCCUGAGAAAGUUCCUGUCUACGGAAUUUAUUGCGCAACUGUAAUUAAACCUUCUAGCUCAGUAUUGUAGAAUGUAUGUAAGUAUAAAUGUUUCUGGCUCAGUAUUGUAGAAUGUACAUAAGAUGUAUGUAAGAAUCACGAUUUUCAUUUUGUUCAAGACACACAUAAGCUGAAUUAUCUUGCAAUAGCUCUAAUGUUUUAGCUAUUUUCCGCUGUACACUUACUGUAUGGUGAUUCUUUUCUCAUAAAUAAAAAUCCUGUCUG